UGUUCUUCGACCUCCCUCGAACCGUCCGGAUGCAGCCAUCCCCUAUCACCUUACCAGUGGACUGAUCAGCACUAGCUAGACUGGAUCGCUUUUUAUUUGGGCUUCGUCCCCCACAUCAAUUGUUCAUCCCCUUAUAACUAUUUAUUGCUCUCGUUCGGGAGACCGCAAUGAGUGCGGAUACCAUUCGAGUGUGGCAGCAUAUCUGCUCUGACUGAUAUCGCCCACACAUCGUUCCUGUCCUCUUGUCUUUACACAGCAUUAAAAGACCUCCUACCCGUUUGUCUCCGACAAUCCCAGAAUGUCCUUUUUCUUUGGACGUCGUCAUUCCAUCUCAUCCGCCACUCUGGGUCAGGGCGACAACCUGCCCAGGAACGAGAGGGGCAGGAGAGCUUCGUUACCCAAUGUGUCCGAUACCAACAGUACCGGAUCCCACGCCAAAGGUGUGAUCCAUGAUAUCUUUCACAAGCAUCGAGGAGACUCGGAUUCGGGAUCCUCGUCCGGGACAAAGACGUCUAAAUCGGAGGCUGACAUAGCCCGAUCCAAUCUCACAAAGCCGGAUACAGACUCUCACGACGAACAUCAUGCUUCUCAUCACCAUUCGGAUCAGGCUGCUAAAGCCCAUCCAUCACAUCAUCACGAGGGUCCUUCACACAACCAGCUGACAAAAAAGGACAUCGAGACAAUCUUCUCCGGGGCUCCAUACUUUCUGCUGGAGAAGGGAAAGCAUGGACUCUUCUACCCACAGAUUAUAUUCCCUUUCGAUGACCACGAUCCCACCAUUCAAAAUCUCUGGGAUAGACGGCCCCUUCCCCACGCCUCCUAUACACUCUGCACUCUCCAUGCUCAUUUGCCUGUACCGGAUGACUGGGUAAUUGAAGGGGAAAUGCCGGUUCAUUUGGGGCACUGGAAACGAUCGGAAGCUCCGAAGCGGGCGACUUUUGAUGUCGGCGUUCACGAAGUACCCAAUAUGCUGUCAGUCAAUGGCAAAGACGCUGGUACAAUCGGCUUUCGUCACUUUCUUGAGCUACCCGUCGCCGAUUCUGUCGUAUACGCGGGCCCCGAGAAACCACGACCAUGCUCUGACCUUCUUCAUAUCUCAACUCUACCAGCAACCGAGGCGUUUGAAUUGAUGGGGCACUAUAGUGACCCAUAUGCCCAGUGCUCGGAUGGUACCGUUCAUGACCGGAAGAAGUUGCUGUGCGAAGGACCGGUUGCAUGGAAGAGGAUCGGCGUUCGCGAUAUCGACUUGCGAGCCCUAGUGGAACGUCUCCAGACGCUCAAGACACUCCGCUACGACAUUUUGCACGGGGAUACGCCAAAGACGAUUCUAGAUAUGGAAUGCACUCGAGAGCUGUAUAGUGGACUGUUCAACCGAUUUCUGUACCCACCGGCGCGGUUUCUGUUUGCGGAUGUCGGCGAUUCCCAUAGUUUGAAGGCUCAGAUCAAAGCUUUGACAGUGGUAUUGGCUACCCCUGGGGCGUGGUAUGAUUUCAGUCUGAUCGAUUGGCGAUUGCACAUUGGGCAAGUGUUGUUUGAGAAUCCCCCACAUAACGACGGCGACUUCCUUGAUCCGGACAAAUCUGACAAACCCUGGGUGCACUUCACGCUGGAACGCAAGUGGUUUCUCGUCCAGAUGCUGCUCGCCGCGGAGCUACUGAUGCGUUUGGAUGCCACUGUUCGAGUAGGAAUGCUGCAGAAUGCGCGGGAUAUCGAUGUCUCGGUGCAUGAUGUGUACGAGUUUGACCGGCUACGGAGUGGUAAGCUGAAUUGGGAUUUGGUUACAGUUCGUCGUUUUCUGGACAGCUUCCAUUUCACCUACAACCCUGUGGAGCCGGACCACCCUUCUCCGACCAUACAUGCUCCGGGUAAGUCGCCUGAGCGGCAUCACCAUCGUGGGUUCCUCGAAGCUUUCACACAUCACUCUACAUUAUCCGCCCAUAAUGAUGAAUCCGCCUGGCGGUGUCAUCUGGCCCCCAGCCACGUUGACCAGCAACUAAAAGGGCUGUUUGUAUUUGCAGACAAUAUCGGCUGGCCAGGACUGGAUGAAUUCAAGAGCGCACUGCGGUCCAAGCUUGAGGGUGAGGGGGUGGAAAAGAAAAUCGAAGCCGCCUACACCAUACCUCUCACCAACUCGCUACCUGCAGAGUAUUCCACACUGGACUUGACAAAAGAGAUGUAUAGCAGAUCUCCAUCGCGCCGCCUGCUUCUCCUUCAUUCCCCGCACAGCAUACGUCCCUUGAACAUUGGUGGUUGGAUUACGCGUAGCUGGCUCGCGGGGUUGGUAAUCCCUGGCGAGUCCAUCAGCCACCUUCUCAUGGCAACCAUCCUAGAAAAUGACGAAGAGGCGAUGGCUACACUUGGACCAGUCGCCAACGUUUACGGUGGUUUCACGUACAAGGGGAAGACCUGGUGGAGUAAGAAGUGCAUUGUUGGGCGAGUUCUAGCCAGCCAGCCGGGUACAAAGGUUUGUCUGGCCUGGCUGGCAAGCUGCAUAGUGCCCAAGAACUCUGAAAACGGUGAGCACUUUGUCAACACGUGGUAUGAGGUAGAUGUCCGCGAGCCGCCCCGACGUCCAGGCAAGCCACGCAUCAAACACGGAAACCGGCUUUCCUUUGACUCUACGCCUCUGGGUUUGGGAGAGCUUACGAGUGGAGUAUUCUUGCUGCCUGUCGAUGGCCCCUGCGAUAGCUGGUCGAAAGCAAACAUCGACUUUCAGGACCUCACCUUCUCCGUUGAUACGAAACGAACAAGCCAUAACCUGACCGUGGUCCAAAAGGCCUAUGCCAAUUUUCUUCUCGCUUCCACUGCUACUGGACCCACCCCGGUGUCGUUCGAGUUGGCCUACAACGUACGAUUCAUUUCUUCCCACGAGUGCCGUCCACCCGGGGGGUCGGUCAACUAUCAAAAUCCCCCAAGCACAGCGGAUGGCGGGUUGUCAUCCUCGUCAUCAAGCCAUGUCUCUCAUAGACAUCAUCGUUUGCCGGGCCACCCGUUGCACCGAUCGUACACGUUCAAGUGGGUGCCUCUAGAAUCCUUAGCGGAGACAUCUCACUCGGAUGGCCACAGCAGCGGACUAGGUAAGGAAGAGAUCCUCCUUCUCGACGCGCGGGGCUCUCACGACAAGGAAACAUUUGCACGAGCAUGGUGUGCGUCUGUUGGACAUCAUGCCGUCAUUGGCAAGGUCGGACGGACCUGUCUGGCGUGUUGCAUCCGCGAAGCCCGAGCGUUGCAGGUGAAAGUGGUGAUUCGCAUUGGAGAUGGGAUGUCGACGCCCUCGUCGUCGAUCCAGGUGUUAUAUGGUGGAGAGUAGGAUAGUUUGAUUGGUUGCCGCUUAGAAGGGUCUGGUUCCGGUUGCACGCAGUGAUGCCUGCCAUUUUACCG